AGCCCGGGGGGGGGGGGGCGUCUCCGACCUUCGAGCGGGGGCGAGCAGACCCGCUGGUUCCGGGAGGCGCCGGGAGCGAGGACCCCGAUGCCGGCCAGCGGAGCCCGCGAUGGCUUCCGCUGGAGGCGGCGACUGCGAGGGCGCCGCGCCGGAGGCGGACCGCCCUCACCAGCGGCCCUUCCUGAUCGGGGUGAGCGGCGGCACCGCGAGCGGGAAGUCCACUGUGUGUGAGAAGAUCAUGGAGCUGCUGGGCCAGAACGAAGUGGACCACCGGCAGCGGAAGCUGGUCAUCCUGAGCCAAGAUAGGUUCUACAAGGUCCUGACUGCAGAGCAGAAAGCCAAGGCAUUGAAGGGCCAGUACAAUUUCGACCACCCAGAUGCUUUUGAUAACGAUUUGAUGCACAGGACUCUGAAAAACAUCGUGGAGGGCAAAACCGUCGAGGUCCCAACCUAUGAUUUUGUGACCCACUCCAGGCCCCCCGGACCCCGGAUCGCCAGCAGGGCCCAUCUCUGGGUCUCACCUCACAGGUUACCGGAGACCACGGUGGUCUACCCUGCAGAUGUGGUCCUGUUUGAGGGCAUCUUGGUGUUCUACAGCCAGGAGGUCCGCGACAUGUUUCACCUGCGCCUCUUCGUGGACACGGACUCCGACGUCAGGCUGUCGCGAAGAGUUCUCCGGGACGUGCACCGCGGGAGGGAUCUGGAGCAGAUUCUGACCCAGUACACCACCUUCGUGAAGCCGGCCUUCGAGGAGUUCUGCCUGCCGACGAAGAAGUAUGCCGACGUGAUCAUCCCCCGAGGGGUGGACAACAUGGUGGCCAUCAACCUGAUUGUGCAGCACAUCCAGGACAUCCUGAGCGGCGACAUCUGCAAGUGGCACCGAGGGUCCAAUGGGCGGAGCUACAAGAGGACGUUUCCCGAGCCGGGAGACCAUCCCGCGGUGCUGACCUCCGGCAAGCGAUCGCACUUGGAGUCCAGCAGCAGACCCCACUGAGCGGCGGGGUGCCCGGCCUCCCGGGCGGCCCCCCGCCCCCGCCCCGACAGACCGUCCCGGCUGUGUCCGGAGAUGCCUGCCCCCCCCCCCGCCCCCCGUGGACGCAGCUGCUGCUUCCUCUCUGCGUCUCACGGUACAGAUGGGGGGUGGGGGUGGGGGUGGAGCGCGAGGAUCACGGGGUUCCUCCCUGUUGUGGGCAGACCUGCACCUGUGACAUGCAGCCCCCCGGGAUGGCGGCAGGCCCUCCUGCUGCCUUCACCUGCUUCCUCACGUUCAGGAAGCUUCGAGUCCAUCUUUAAGUUACUGAGAAGCGUGCCACAGAACGUGUGGCGAGCAAGUCACGUAUUUCGGGAGCAUUGAGCAGCCCGCCUGGACGCCGCGGCUGUCCCAGUGUGUUCGACGGGAACCCGCAGCGUGAGGGACUUUGUCCAGGACGAUCUGGUUCCCACACAACGUGUGACCGAAACAUAGGUUUGGAGAGGGAGCGUUUCCCCUUUUUACGUGUUACACAUGCGAGUGUUUUGUUUCGUUGUUAUUUAUUCUACCGUUAGUUGUGACCUAGUGACGGAGUCUCGUGCCCCGCAGUGGGGUGCGACCCGGUCUGGCACGCACGGAUGUAGGAGCCACCGAGGGGUCUCCUUCCUCCUGGCCCGUGCGCCAAGGGCAGAGUCGAGGAAGGAGCCCUGGGAACAAGCUUUCCUUAGCCAGCCUCGGCCGCAGGGGACGGGCCCCACUCCCCCGGCCCGAGCCCCGUCCCCGGCCCUGCGGGUUGGGACAGGAGGCAGGCUGGCGCCCGCCGUGUCCACACACGGUCCUACUCGGGGUCAGGCCUCCCCGCUUGCAGGAGCCACCUGGGCCCCGUAUGCUCUGUGGACAGGCCUUCCCGAGUCGGGGCGCACCGUCCAAAGGCAGCCCGUCUCCCUGCACACACCUAGAGUCCGCGGCCGCACAGACGAUGCCCGGGCUCCAUGUUGUCCUGCUUUGUCUUCCCCUCCCCAGUGGCCCCGUUCCUGUAAAAGCGACGCUUUGCCGUUGCCACCAGCUAAACCGCACGGGCACUUCUGGUUUCCUUCUAGCGAGUACUGUGUGUAGUGACACGGAUGGGACCUCAGUUGGGCUUGGCCGAGCUCCGUGGCUGCUCUCUGAGGUGUGUGUGACAGUCUUGUCCAGCUUGUUUUCUCCCCUUCUGGAGAGAGAAUCAAUAAAUAACACGAGUUACCAAUA